UAAGUUAAAGGAAUUUGGAUCAUUCUAAUUCACGAUCACAUGAUAUGCUUACUGUGUUCACGGGUCCUGUCGUUAAUUUGUCUUCCAGGUUUGUUGAAUUCAGGAGGAAGCUUUCACAACCAAUCUUUUCUGGUAUUUCUCCCAAGCCGAUUCGCAUUUCAAGAAAAACCCUGAGCUUGAAGAUGGCCCAACCUUCCCAAAACCCCUCUCGGCAGCAGAAAAUCAUAAUUACUAAAAAGAAUGACAGUAAGCUGGUUGGCAUUCUUCAUCAAUCUGGAACCGAAGAGAUUGUCAUCUUAUGCCACGGUCUUCGAUCCACCAAGGAAGACACUAUCAUGAUAAAUCUUGCUUCUGCUCUAGAGAAUGCAGGAGUCAGUUCUUUCCGCUUUGACUUCAGUGGAAAUGGGGAAAGUGAUGGUUCAUUUGAGUUUGGUCACUAUUGGAGGGAGGUUGAUGAUCUACAUGACGUCAUUCAACACUUUCAUAGAGCAAACCGUAUAGUUACUCUAAUUAUUGGACACAGUAAAGGAGGUGGCGUGGUGCUUCUUUAUGCUUCUAAGUAUCAUGACAUUAAAACGGUUAUCAACAUCUCUGGACGCUAUGAUCUGAAGGCAGGAAUUGAAGAACGCCUUGGAAAGGAUUAUUUGGAAAGAAUUAGGAAGGAUGGUUUCAUUGAUGUGAUGCGGUCAGGAAGUUUUGAUUACCGUGUGACUUUGGAAAGUUUGAUGGAUCGCUUAGAUACAAACAUGCAUGAAGCAUGCCUUCAGAUUGAUAAAGAAUGCAGGGUCUUCACAAUUCAUGGUUCUUCAGACCCAGUUAUCCCCGUUGAAGACGCAUAUGAGUUUGUCAAGAUUUUACCAAACCAUAAUCUGCAUAUCAUAGAGGGAGCUGAUCAUUCAUACACUAAUCAUCAAGAUGAAUUGGCCUCUGUUGUUGUGAACUGCAUAAAGGAAACCUUGCUCCAGGAUAGGGUUACAUCUGGCUAGGUAUCUACCUUUGCCAGUGCCAUCUAUCUGAACUUUAAUUUGUUUGACAUGUAUUUUUGUAAAGAUGUGCAAUUGUGGUAGAUCUUGCAGUUUUGAGCCACCUAAAAUUGCUUAAGGUGACAAAAUCUCUAUUAUGGAUGAACCUUUUGAGUUCUUCUAGUUUUUGCUUAUUAAAUUUGUGAAUAUUGCAUCAUGGUGAAAAUAAUGGCGAGAGAAAUAUCUGCUACUGCUAUUGGUCUCUGAUCAGAUGCACAAAGUCAUUUUGACAUUAUAAAUUAUGAAAUGCAAUAUGCAAACAGUUAUUUUAUGCUGA